GCAAUGUUACAACGAGCGAAUUGUGUUGGCUUGUUGUAAUAAUCAAGGAUAUAUAUAUUUCAAGGGCACACGUAGAUAAUAAGAUAGACAUUUGUGCUGUAACGAGUCGUCUUUUCUGCAUUUUAUGUGCUGUUGUCUUUUAUGUCACUCAUGAUUCUGUUGGUGUUAUACUCGGCUUACUCAUUACCAUACAAACUUCACUAAAGUUUAACAACAGUUUUACCAAUAAGAGCAGUGGGUGGACACUUUAAAGCACAUACACACGGGUAACGGUGACCUGGUUAGUCUUCACUUGAUCUUUGCGGUCUGCGACUCCCCCAUAUUGCUCUGCAAACAUGGCAAGAAUUGGCAGGCUGUCCUCUAAAGGCUCAGUGCUGCUACUGUGUGACAUACAGGAGAAGUUCAGACCCACUAUUUUCCAGUUUACAAACGUUGUGAGCAAUGCCGCAAGAUUGCUACAGGCAUGUCGAAUCUUAAGCAUCCCACAGAUUUUAACCGAGCAGUACCCUAAAGGUUUGGGCCCCACUGUUCCUGAGCUGGGGGCUGAGGGCUUGAAGCCUCAUACAAAGACCAGUUUCUCCAUGCUGACGGAGAGUGUGGAGAGCUCACUCAAAAGCCUGGGUGACCCUCAGCAGGUCAUAUUAUGUGGCAUCGAGGCUCAAGCAUGCAUUGCGUGCACAACCUAUGAUCUCCUGGAGCGAGGCAUGGAGGUUCAUAUCGUAGCAGAUGCCAUCUCUUCUCGAAGUCAGACAGAUCGUCUUUUUGCACUGUCACGACUGAAGCAGAGUGGGGCGUUUCUCACCACUACAGAGGGAGUUUUAUUACAACUAGUGCAGGAUGCCAAACACCCCAACUUUAAAGAGAUCCAGAAGCUCUUGGCUCACCCCUCCCCUGAUACAGGCCUGCUGGCCUUCUUCAGCUCUCUGUAGGGCCAGUCACACACCACACCUUGCAGACAUAAUUAUAUCAAUUACUAGAAAUCAGCACAAACUGCUUUCUGAACCUGUUAGGGUCAUGUGAGCUCUGAGCAUUUGCGUAUUCAAAUAAAAUUACAUCCAAAGAAACACGGAUAUUUGAAAUUUCGAAAAUUUUUCAAAUGGUUCUACAAUUCUGAGUUUUUGGUAACGCUUCUGGUUCUGCAUGUUAACAUUAGUUAUUGCAUUAUCUAACUAUGAGCAAUACAUUUGUUACAGUAUUUAUUAAUCUUUCUUAAUGUUAGUUAAUACAAAAACAACUUUCCUUUGCUAGUAAUUGUUAGCUUAGGUCCAUUGCAUAAUAUUAACAGAUACAACUUAAGAUUUCUAUAAUGUAUUUGUAAAUUUAAAGUUAAAAUUAAUAUUAACUAAAAUUAAUAAAUACUUUAGAAGUAUUUUUCAUUGUUAGUUCAUGUUAACAAAUGAAAACUCACUUUAAAAUGUUAUCACAUUUAUUAAUCAAGCUUCAUUUUAAUUUGAUUAUAUUAUUUUUCUUUAUUAUUUUGAACAUAAAGAGUUAACAAUGUAUAUUUUAACAUACAACCUUAAUGUGUGUUAUAUGUAUAAAUUAAAAUGAAAAAGUAAAGGUGUCCUUUAUUUUUAACUUGCAAGUAAAGUGAUAUUAAUGCAUAAAACCUUACUGUAAAGCAGGGGUACUCAAGUUCAGAGGCCAAGCGGGCCUACAUAAAAUGUGAAGGGCCACAAAUUACAAUUUGCUUCAUCAGACUUUAUUUAAGACAAUAUUUGCAGAUUUACUGAUUUAGAAAUACAGAUUAUUACUUAACUAAGUCUCGCUUGUCCUUGUCCUAUUUAAAAUAACACAGAGCAUGAAUAUAUAUAUAUAUAUAUAUAUAUAUAUAUAUAUAAGUAAAAAUCUGGAACAAAAAAUUUGAUUAAAAGUUUGUUUUGCUAUAUUGAUGCAAAAAAAAAAAAGCAUAUUGAACAAACUCAAAAUGCUAAAACUAAAAACAUUUUUGAGCAAAUAUAGUUCACAAAUUCCUUUAGAAAGAAUAGGAAUACGAUAGAAUACGAUAUGCAAGGAAUUGAUUAAAAAAAGUUAAACAAAUUAUUCAUAACUCAUAACUUCAUGACUUGCUCAUAAAGACUUGACUUGUUUCAUUCCUGAAUGAAUCAAUAGGUGUGUGUUCGACUUGAAGCAGCGCUGCGCAGAAUGAUCUGUGUGUGACAUCAAAGUGCCGCGAGAGCGAUUCGAAAAGCAUCAGGAUCCGUCGCUCUCGCGGUACUUUGAUGUCACACACUGAUCAUUCUGCAGCGCUGCUUCAAGUCGAACGCGCCUAAUGUUUUUGAAUGAAUCUGUUUGAGUCACGUGUCUCCACCUUCUGGUGUUACAUUGUAAUUGAUACAAUAUUUAUUUGAAGAAUCGUCACUUUCAAUAAGGUGAUUUAUUCUAUUUUGAUCGCUUCUGUAGACAGCAGUGUUUAUAUCCGAACUAUAAACUUUUAUUCCAGUACUUCUGUGAUUAGUUGAAUGUUUGUAACACAGAAAUAACGAUACAAAAGACUUUGUAAAGAUGUUUCAUAUACGUAAACUGCUCUCUCUGGAUGAGCGGCAUGUCACAGAGUGUGAUUAAGGCUUUAAUAGACAAUCCUGUCGUUUAUGAACAAGAUUGCGUGGGUGAUUGAAUCUGUUCGCUAUCUGGCUAUUUAUUUAAUAUCCAACAGUAAAGAUACGACGCGACAAUAUGGUUUAUCUGUGUUCUUCAAGCCAUCUCUGGUAUUUUCAUAAUAAUAAAGUAUAAUCCAAUGCUAAUCGACAUAGCCUUUAUUACCGUAUAGAAUAUAGCCUAUUAACUGCCUCGUUCUGAGACAAAAACCGCCCAUCAGCUCACAAAAUGAAGCUAUUUCAAACACUGGACUGAAUCAUGUUAUUAAUUGUCCUCUUUUGUUGGACAAUGCUUGUCUUUUAAGUUGUUCGGGGCGUGCCGCGUGUGGCUUUUUAAUUGCUCGUUAGUUACAGCGCUCGCAGAGAUUGAACAGUUUUUACUACUGCGAUUGUAUAGGCUACAUUUAAUUUAAAAAAAAUAAAAGAAAUCUAACUGCCUAAUAUUUUGAGCGCAAAUUGUAAUAAACAUACAUUAAUCUUCAGCAUGACGCGGGCCGCCUGUCGAGUACCUCUGCUGUAAAGCAUUACCAAAUGAUUGUAUUCGGUACAUUCAUCAUUAUGAAAUAAAAAUGAAACUUAAGCCUCUUGA